UUCCCGCUCCCCGGACACUUUUGGCUCAUCUACCCUUGGCCGUGUGGUAUUGGUUUGUCGAGUCGCGCCCAUCGCAGCUGAUAACCUACCUCCUUGUCUCACUUUCACCGACCUCCUAUGUAAUCUACCGGUACAGAUUCCCCUUCCCUUACCCCCUCCACCACCUCCUCCUCGCCCUGCCCGUCGUCAGUCAGACAGAUCUCACGCCCCCAAACUACACAGCCGGCAAGAGAGUAUUGCUGAGAUCCCAUCUUUUGUCGGCCUGAUACAGUCCCCGACCGGAACAUUCUGUCUUGUUGGCGUGCGGCACAGCCCUGUUGGUCCUCCUCUCCGUCAUCUGCCUCAUUGCCCCCCCCCCAUAUCCUCACCUCGCCCAUCGCCCUCGACCUCAACAUUGCCAAUACCAGUUCAAUUGCUUAUCUGCUACCCAGCAGUCGUCAUUUGUUGGUAUCCAGCUGCGUUGCAAGCUUCCCGGACCAUUCGCGUGGCAGCGUCGAGAGCAGGCGCGACUUGAUAUACAUAUUCCGAUUGCCAGCCACCGUUGACACGACCGUCCGCCAGUUUCUACAAAUGCAUUCCAUGUAGAGUAGUCCCGUCCAAUACCUGCUCGACCUCGAUCUGCUCAACAUGAUUGCCUCCUCCCUCCUCCCGUCCCGAUUUCGGGGCGAGCAGCCUGCCACCCAGGCGAAACCGCCCUCUUGGCUCAACACCAAGUUCACGCCCUUCCUCCGCUCCGUCUCUGCGAUCACGGCCUCCCACCCAAUCCACACUGUCGUUGUGGUUGCGCUGUUGGCCAGCUCAUGUUAUCUUGGCCUGCUGGAAGAGAGUCUGUUCGACGCGACGAGGACCGUCAGGACGGCCGACUGGUCCUCCCUGACGGAGGGCAGCCGCAGUCUUCAUGCCGGUCCUGAUACGGCAUGGAAAUGGCAGACCUCGGACUCGGACGCCGCCGUCGCCGCCGAUGUUGAUCACUUGGCCCUCCUGACUUUUGUCUUCCCCGACUCCCUAUCCGACGAUGCCGCAAAGACAGCCCCGCUGCUGGAGACUAUCCCGCUGCCGGAUAACGUAUCUAUCAUCUCGCUGCCAUCUACCUCCAACUCCCUGACCACCUAUUCACAAGAGACGUCCAUGGCUCUUGCCGUCCCCUACAAGCAGGCUGCUCGGUUCCUGGCCGCUGCGCAGGAGAUCCCCAAUGACAUCUCGAGCGAGGAGACACGGGAGACCGAGCACGGCCGGGAGAAGAAGAUGUGGAUCAUGAAAGCGGCCAAGGUCAGCCCGCGCAACAGCAUUGUUGAGUGGGCCCAGAACGCCUGGUUUGACUUCAUCGAUCUGCUAAAGAAUGCCGAGGCGCUCGAUAUCACCAUCAUGUUUCUCGGGUACAUCUCCAUGCAUCUGACCUUCGUCUCCCUGUUCUUGUCCAUGCGUCGCAUGGGCUCCAACUUUUGGCUGGCCUUCACCACCCUUUUGUCCUCUGCGUUCGCUUUCAUGUUCAGCUUGGUUGUCGUCACUAAGCUUGGCGUUCCGGUCUCCAUGGUCCUGCUGUCCGAGGGUCUGCCGUUCCUGGUCAUAACAAUUGGAUUCGAGAAGAACAUCACUCUGACUCGGGCUGUUCUCAACCACUCCAUCGAGCACAAGGCCGCCCAGGAAAAGAGUGGCAAGAGCAAGGAUGCCACUUCCAACUACAUCCAGUCCGCAAUCCAGGUCGCCAUCAAGGAGAAGGGCUUUGACAUUAUCAAGGACUAUGUCAUCGAGAUUGUGGUGCUCGUCCUCGGGGCUGCCUCUGGUGUCCAGGGAGGCUUGCAGCAAUUCUGCUUCCUUGCCGCGUGGAUCCUUUUCUUCGACUGCAUCCUGCUCUUCACCUUCUACACUGCAAUUCUUUGCAUCAAGCUCGAGAUCAACCGGAUCAGGCGCCACAUUGAGAUGCGACGAGCUCUCGAGGACGACGGCGUCAGCAAGCGUGUCGCGGAGAAUGUUGCACAGAGCAAUGACUGGCCUACCGCCGACGGCAAGAAGCCUGGCGCGUCUCUCUUUGGAAAGCAGAUUAAGAGCACCAGUGUCCCCAAGUUCAAGGUUUUGAUGGUCUCUGGAUUCGUUUUGAUCAACGCAAUCAACCUUUGCACCGUACCUUUCCGGGACACCGAUUCCCUGUCCACCAUCUCGUCCUGGGCUGGUGGUCUCGGUGGCCUUGUCGCCAACCCGCCUGUGGAUCCUUUCAAGGUUGCCUCCAACGGCCUCGAUACUAUACUUGCGCAGGAGAACGCCAACAACCGGGGGGUCGUGGUCACGAUCUUGACCCCUAUCAAGUACGAGCUGGAGUUCCCCUCGAUCCACUACGGCAAGAUUCCUCAAGCAAACGCUGAUGACGUGGAUGACCUGGGCUACGGACGAAUGGUUGGCAGCAUACUAAAGAGUCUGGAGGACCCCGUGCUGUCCAAGUGGAUCGUUAUUGCUCUGGCCAUGAGCGUUGCUCUCAACGGAUAUCUCUUCAACGCCGCCAGGUGGGGUAUCAAAGACCCAAACGUCCCUGAACACCCGAUCAAUGUCAAGGAGCUUGCUCGAGCUCAGAGAUUCAACGACUCUGAUCCCGCGACACCCGGCCCAUUCGACAGGUCAGCUCGUCCGUCGCCUACCGAGGCCAACCCCCCCACGCCCGCUGCCACCGACGAUGAGAGUGAUGCAUCAGCCUUUAAGCGCGUCGCUUCAUCCAUGUCCAUCGUCAACGACGGCCCCCAACGCCCGUUGGAGGAGCUUCACAAGUUGCUUGCUGAGAAGCGUGUGCCUGAGAUGAACGAUGAUGAAAUUAUCACCCUCGCGCUCAAGGGCAAGGUCCCCGGCCACAGCCUCGAGAGAACAUUGAAGGACUGCACGCGCGCUGUCAAGAUUCGUCGUGCUAUCAUCUCUCGCACCAAGGCUACUUCAGAUCUCACCAACGUACUGGAGCGAUCCAAACUCCCGUAUCAGAACUACAACUGGGACCUUGUGCUUGGUGCUUGCUGCGAGAACGUCAUCGGCUACAUGCCCCUCCCGGUCGGUGUCGCGGGGCCGCUGGUCGUCGAUGGCCAGAGCUACUUCAUUCCUAUGGCUACAACUGAAGGUGUCUUGGUUGCCAGCGCCAGUCGCGGGUGCAAGGCCAUCAAUGCUGGAGGUGGUGCUGUGACUGUGCUGACUGGUGAUGGCAUGACCCGCGGACCUUGUGUGACCUUCGAGACGCUAGAGCGAACUGGAGCUGCCAAACUGUGGCUCGACUCUGAUGCCGGUCAGACUGCCAUGAAGAACGCCUUCAACUCGACCAGUCGGUUUGCACGACUCCAGUCGAUGACUUCUACUAUUGCUGGAACCAACCUCUACAUUCGUUUCAAGAGCAGGACUGGCGAUGCUAUGGGAAUGAACAUGAUUUCCAAGGGUGUCGAGCAUGCGCUUGAUGUCAUGGCCAAUGAGCAUGACUUCCAGGACAUGCAGAUUGUUUCUCUAUCCGGUAACUACUGUAUCGACAAGAAGCCCGCUGCUAUCAACUGGAUUGAAGGGAGAGGCAAGAGCGUCGUUGCAGAGGCCAUUAUUCCUGGUGAUGUCGUUAAGUCGGUGCUAAAGACUGAUGUCGACACCCUUGUCGAGCUCAACAUUAACAAGAACCUGAUCGGUUCUGCCAUGGCUGCCAGUGUUGGAGGUUUCAACGCUCACGCCGCGAACCUCGUCGCCGCCGUCUUCAUUGCCACUGGCCAGGACCCGGCGCAGGUCGUGGAGAGUGCAAACUGUAUCACAAUCAUGAAGAAUCUCCGGGGCUCGCUUCAAAUUUCCGUCUCGAUGCCCUCCAUCGAAGUUGGCACACUUGGCGGUGGCACAAUCCUAGAACCGCAGGCUGCCAUGCUGGACAUGCUGGGUGUCCGUGGUGCCCACCCAGUCACUCCAGGCGAGAACGCCCGCCGCCUCGCGCGCGUCAUCGCCUCGAUCGUCUUGGCUGGCGAGUUGUCGCUUAAUGCCGCCUUGGCCGCCGGCCACCUGGUGAAGGCACACAUGGCGCACAACAGGUCUGCACCGCCGACACGGACCAGCACCCCAGCGCCACCAUCUAUUUUGUCAAUGACCAGCGUGAGCGCCGCCGCCGUGGAGAGGGCUAGACGUUAGGAUAUGUCAAGACACAACAUGGAAUUAGGGCGCCUCAGAAUGUUGCGGUUAGAGAAGACCAAAAGCACAAAAGAGCAUGUGAUGGGUGCGCAAGCACAACAUGUCCUCAUCGAGUCAGCACGAGCGAACACUGCCUGCAACGCCACGCCUUAAUUACUCAUGUUUGGUAUUGUUUACUUCACGUGUACAUAUGACCAUAGAAAUAAGUCACAUACUGUCGUGCUUCGUCCUUUUCUUUUCAGUCGUGCCGUAAAAGUUUCAUGUUGCUGACGACGGCAGUGAGCUUUGCUAUGCAGUGCCGCCUCUUUGACUUGUUGCGGGAGGUGAUUAUGAGGGAGUCUACAUGGGUCUGUCCGUGCCCAUCCCUCUACUUCGUUCUAUAUUUCCGUCCGCCUCUGAUUUUGCUCGCGGACGGCUAUUCUGCCAAUUUGUGUCCAGAUGAUCGAAGGAGCCAAGCUGGGACCUGAGCAAAGGUAAGGUCAUCCCUCCCGCAUCAGACGGUCGUGCACAACAAUCCCCGGGGCAUUGCCACUCUUGCCGCCAAUACUGCCGAGCUUGCUCUGCUGCUCUGGUCCCGUCCCGAGUGCCUACGUUCUGUGGGCAGGUGGGCCGUCGGUACCUGCUCCGAGCUCCCGACUUCAGAUGAAGCCAUUACGAAACGCCCACUGGUGCCCAUUGAAACAUCAGCUCAGCCCACCCUUUGGCAUUCGCCUCCCAAACCAGUCAAAGGCAAUUCGAUCGUUUGGGUAAUGCGAGGUGGCAGAGUUAUUAUAGUACCCUUGAUAGUUCUUGCAUACCUACCUACCUACUCACUCAACCAUCACACAUUCAUUGCGGUAUCGUCUCAUCCGAACUAACGGGCUUAAAUACCAAGCUCAGAAACGGGUUCUUUUCACGUUCCUGACAUCCGUGUCACACGUUCCUCGCUCUCUCUUGCUCUGUCCCUCUCUUUCCUUUUCUGACUGGGUUUUCUUCUCCACGGACGGACGUGUACGUACCUGGUAGGGUCUAUAGGGCAAGCCCUAUAACGGUCUGCUCCAAGCAAGCCUGGGCGGUCCUCGCUCGCCGAGACCGAGCAAUCAAAUGUGGGUGAUGUGAGUAGAGUUUGGUUUUGGCGUCUUAAGUGACCACAUUUGAUAAGAAGACGAGGUCUCUCCGGGUGGCGAAUAGGAACAGUACUGCCCGUCCUCCUCUUGCACUCUCUCGCUCUCCCUGUCUCCUUGCUGCCGUGACUUGGGUUGAUCCCAAAGGCCUGUCCA